AUGAAUAUGAAUAUGAAUCAAAUCACAUCGUCAAUAUCAUCAAUAAAAAAAGAAGAAGAAGAAGAAAAUAUGAGUGAAUCAAUCGAAAGAAAUUAUAAUAGUUUAUGUCUUGAUUUAAAUUUGGAUAAUGAAACGAAAGUUGAUGCAUGGCGUUCGUAUGAACAUAUCCGUAAACAUUAUUUAUUAGAAGGUGAUCAAAUUCAUUGGUUAGCUGUUUCAUUAUAUGUUUCAUGUCGACGAAAUCGUUAUUUAACUUCAUGUGAUAAUAAUCCAAUAUCAAUAAAACGUUUAUUAAAAAGUUCAAAUAAUUUUGAUUUAAUGAUUUUUUUUGAUAAAUUACAUAAAUGGCAAGAUAUGGCUAAUUUACCUCUUAAUAUUCGAAAUAAAAUUGAUCAAGUUGAACAUGCAUUUACUAUUUCAUCAAUAAUAUUUAAAAAAUAUUCGGAAAUAUUUGUUUAUUUAUUUGGUGGAAAUAUAAAUAAAUAUUUAACAUAUGAUUAUCAAUUACAAAUUAAAUUAAAUCACAAAACUAAACAAAAAAAAUUAAAUAUUUAUCAUUUUUAUUCAUUUAUUUGGACAAUUUAUGCAUAUUCAAAAACAAUUUAUCCAUCAACAAUUAAUGAUCUUAUUGCUUCAUUUCAUUUACUUAUUGCGUCAUUUGAACUUAUUUAUCAAUCAAUUAUUCAUUUUAAACUCAAUCAUUUUAUUAAAGGUGAAUUUUCAAAUGAAUUAAAUAUUUGUGAAGAAACAAUAAUUGAUAAAUUAUGUCCAAAAUAUCAAUGUUCAUGUGAAACAACUCGUACAAUCUAUGAACAACAUUUAAAAAAUGAUUUUAUUUAUUUAUUAAAUGAAAAUUACAAUAUAAAUGAUUUAUCAACAGAUGAUUUUUAUUUAAAACAAAUCAAUGAAAUAAAUAAAAAAUAUGAUGAAAUUGUUUUAACAAAUUGUAUUAUUGAUGAAAGAAUAUUUUUAGAAAAUAAAAAUCAAUUUAAUGAUUGUAUAAAUUCAUUAAAUGAAAAUCGAAAUUGCAAAUCUCAAAUAAAUAAAACUCCAUUAACUGCAAAUCAACAUUUUAUAUCAAAUUCUCAUCAACAAAUCAAUCAAACAUUAACACCCAUUUCUCAAGCUAAUCAAGCAAUUCAACUUUUAUAUUCAAUUGUACAACAACAAAUUAUUAAAACAAAUCCAAAUCAAAAUAUUAUUUCACUUAUUGGAGAUCAACUUUUAUUAGAUAGGCUUGUUCAACGUUUAAAUGAUUGGGAAAAAAUCUUUUAUGAAUCGUAUGAUUCAAAUGAUUUCUAUAAUAUACGACAAAAUAAUAAUAAUCAAAUGAAUCCAUCUGAUUCAUGUAAAUCUCGUUUUGAUUUAUCAUUAAAAUUAUUUUAUAAUAGCUUAGAAAAUAUUUUAAUUCAUCAAAAAAAACGUUGUAAUUCAUCAAAAUUAAAUCAUCAAGAAGUUCAACAACAAUCUCAUGAUUUAAUGCAAAAAAAUGAAUUUUUAAAAUCUCUUCUUGGUAUAUGUUUAUUAUUAGUAUUAAAUGCUCAUUGUGAUCAAAGUCAUAAUUUAAAUUGGAUAUUAAAUAUUUAUUCAUUACAUAGUUAUUCAUUUUAUAAAAUAAUUCAAAUCUAUUUACAAACAUGUAAACAAUUAUAUCAAUGUCGAUCAUUUGUCAAAUAUUUAUCAUCAAUUGAAGAAACAAUGUUAUCAUCUAUGGUUUUUUCAACUGAUUCAUCAUUAUGGAAUGAUAUUGAAACCAAAGGUUUUUUAACUUAUCAACAAAUUCAAAAUUUACAAAUUAAAUUAAAUAAUCAUUCAACAACACCAACACAUCAAACACCAACUAAUUUAACUUCAAUGUAUUUUCAAUCACCAGAUCAUAAUAAUGUUAAAAGAAAUUUAUUUUCAAAUUCAAAUUCAGAUAAUCAACAAUCAAAUAAUUGUUUAUCAAUAAUUCGAAGUCGAUCUGAUCCAAUUGUUGAAAAUAGUAAUAAUAAUGUGACUAAUCAAAAAACGAGUCCAUAUACAAAGUUUUAUCAUAAAUUCUAUGAAUUAGUUUUAUCACGUAUUGAAUCAUUAUGUAUUCGUUUAUAUCAAAGAGAAUCAAAUAAUAUUGAAAAAUAUAUUUGGAAUUUAUUUUUAUUUUUAUUUGAAAAUUAUACAAAAUUAUUAUUUCAAUCAAGAGAUUUAGAUCAAAUACUUUUAUCAUGUAUUUAUUAUACAGCUAAUUCAAAUCGAAUUUCAAAUCAACAAUUAACUUGGACAAAAUUAAUUCAAGCUUAUAUAUCAAUGCCAAAUUCAAACAAAAAUGCAUUAAGAAGUGUUUUUAUUCGACAAAUUAAUUCUGAUCAAACAAAUUAUCAACAAAAACUAUUAGAUAAAAAUCCAUGUUUAACACCAUCAAAACCAGCUGGAACAAUUCAUAUUAUCGAUGGAAAUUUAAUUGGUGAUAUAACAAGUUUUUAUGAAGAAAUAUUUCUUAAAAUUCCAAAUUUGGAUUGUUUUUUUUCAACAAAUCAAUUAAUUGACCUUCCACAAAGAAGAAAACGGAAUGAAAAUCAAAAUGAACAUAUUUCAAUUAAUAUUGGAAUUAAUAUUAAUGUCGAUUAUUCAUCAAAUCUUAUUAAAACAAAUUCAUUUUCUUCAACAAAUCAACAAAUCAAAUUAAAUUCAAAUAAUUCAAAUCAAAAUGCUUCACCAAAUGUUUUAUCAUCAUCAAUUCAAGCAGGUGCUAAUAAUACAGUUCGGACAACUCGAACUCGAACAGAAGAUGGAAAAUUUUUAACAACAAUAUCAACAAUAUCAAAAUUAAAUAAUUUAGAUUCAAAAAAUGAAAAUAUUAUUAUUAAUACAAAUCAAACAAAUCUUUUAUUUGGUCAAUCAACAACAACAAAUAAUUCAAUUAAACGAACACUUUCCGAUGAUCCAAAUUCAAAUUGUUUAACAAGUUUAACAAAAAAAGUUUUACAAAUUGAAAAUGAUAGACAAAAACUUCAACAACAACAACAACAACAACCACCACAAUAA